ACACAGGUCACUUUCAAUGACCUCAGCAUCAAUGUACAAGCCAUGAUCAUCAGAGAGAUUGAGGAAGAAGCACAAAUCUUGGUGAAACACAAGAUAUUUGAGCACAGCUACUAUCCUUGUGAGGUUCUUUUAAACACUUCCAGAGCAGAGUGCAUGAAGAUUGUCAUCGAUCAAGGUGAGCAAGAGCCCACUGAAGAACAAUACGCCCGUGCUCGAGCUGGAGAAUACGUGGAUCCAGAAGAGCCUACCUGUAAGGAGCUAGUGUGUGGGUACGGUUAUCUUUUUACUGAAGAGCUUCCGCUCACCCUUCUUGGAGAAUGGCUUCCAAAGGCCAAGAUAUGCGUGGCAGAACGAAUUGCGUCACAGAAAUCUCAAGAGGCCAAAAUCUCAUUGAAGGCGAAGCGUAUUGAAGAUGCAGCCAGAAUUGCGGCGGAUUCAAAACGCAUAGAGGACGCCAACAGAAAUUCAGCAGAAUCUCAAGUAUCUAGCGCAAAGCUGAACAUUCCUUCGAAGUCCUCAGCUCUCGCCUUGGGGCAUGGAACAAAUCUUGAAGCUGACUGGGAUCCUCCACCAGGAGGAUUGACAGUGCUAGCUCGCCGAAUGAGUGCGAAGUUCACCACCGAGAAGUUGGAACGCAUGAUCUCCGCUCUCGAUAAAGAGGUUGCUAAGAAAAAGGCGAUGGAGGGACACUCUCGAAAUGAGCAACCAAAACUUUCCAGUACACCUCAACUCGAUCCUCUCCAAUGUCAGCAAAGUGUUAGUAGCCUUGCUCCGCCGCACGUCCGUGGAUCCGUAGCUCCGGUCGCAAAUAUGGGCUCCAAGCCUCGUCCUACAUCGACGCCUGUUGCAGACAAGGCAUCGGCUUCAGUCCAGAGCGUCAUCCAUCGAAGCACCUCUAGUCUCUCUGGUACCACUUCUGCCAUUAUGUCGCCAGGACUCACGAAUAAAGCAAUGAGUAUUAGCAGUCAAGAGUCCCCAAGACCGUCACAACAGAUGUCCCCCACGUCAAGCAUGAGUUCAACAGGCUGUAUUGCUGCCCUCAACGCAUCACAGUCAGGUCAUACAACAUCAGCGAACAUGAUUGCCUCCAAGUCAAAGUCCUUACACAAUGCCACUAGUAAUCAAUCAGGCUCUAGCUCUGUUUCUAGCUCGAUUAUGAAGAGUACAUCUGGCAAACUAGCAUCAUCCGUAUCUGAAGAUUCGCUGGGAAAUCGACCCCCUCUCACAUUGCCUCAUACUUCGCAAGGAAUUGCAACAGAGCUUGGCGAGACGGAAGAAGAGAAAAACACAGUCAGUGAAGCCGUUCUGGAUGCAGAAACUCUUCGUAUCGCUAGAAAUUCGCACGUAGCUAGACUCGACUCUCUUGGUGUAUCAUUUCUAGGCCAACAUACCGGCUCUGAGUGUCAAGUCUCGUCAUUACCAGACAUGACGCAUUCAAAGUUGCAUGGCCGAAUUGAACCCAUGACAAAUCAGGCAACUGAAGUCCCAAGUCAAGUGGAAUACCUUGCUGGAAUCCAUGCUUACGCUAGUAGCUCUUCACCGAUGGAGCAAUACGCACAUACAUCUGCGAAUGAAUACGUCAGCCCUGGAAAGCGAUCCCAGGGCAAUUCUUCGAAAUCUCCGCAGGAAUCUUGCAUUAGCCCUCAAGAAGAUCCGCCGUCGCUUUUAAGCUACAGCAGUUCUCUCUGUCCCCCUGAACAUAUCAAUAAUGUUGCGUAUUGUGGUUUGUCAGUACAUACGAACUCCAGGUUUAUCACCAAGAAGACAUCUAAAAGAUCACGUGGAUAUGACACAGUGCAUGGAGACCCCUUCGCGAAUUCCCCACGAUCAUACCCCAGCCCUAAUGGCUACAGUAACGUAGGAGGAUAUGGUAGCCCUGAUCAAACAAAUACUGGCUAUCCGACGAACGCAUCCGGGGCACUCACCAGUCCGUAUUACACGCAACACAACACACAAUCCGCUACAACCGGCCCUAACGAAGCACGUUCUUAUCCUUUAGAUAUGCAACACGCGCAUUCGUCAGAGCAUUCAUACUGUCCCAUGACAGGUGCCACUCAACCAACCUCUCUCCCAACCUCUGAUUCUUACCCAAGUCACCCCAAUGCUCAGACGCCCCGUUCCCUCUCAGAAGAAUCCCUGGAGCGAAGAAAGAACCUUGCCAAGUACAAUGAGCAGCAAGCAUCCGACAAGCAGAAAAGGGUCCCGGAACUGGUCGCUGGUAUGGGUUUCAGGGCUCAUAAGAGGCUAUCACUGUCCAAUGGUUCGCAGCAGAAAAUUGCUUCGCCUGUUAAGACUGGCGCUGUGAGUGGUAAGAAGAGGAAAAGCGACGAGGGCUUGAAUGGGGGUGAGGCUUUGAAGAAGACGAAGUACUGAAGCCGUUGUGUGCAUGGCGUCUUAGUCGUGGGACAGCAGAGUUUGGACGUAAUGUCUCGUUUCGAGAAGCACAAAAUGCGAACCGCCUUCCUUGGAAGCAGUAAGUAGGUACGGUCGCUAGGAAGACCUUAUGAUGGUUUUAUAUGGCAUGCUUCCGGGGAUGCCAAUGGAAAACAUGUUUUCGAGCCAGUCUCAUUGUUUCGAAUGAGUCUGCUCAUUCACGUGGUUCAUUGAAGUCGGUCGAAACAGCUUGCGUCAAUUGAUAUGUUUUUUAGUUUGAGUCUGGAGACGUAGCAGCGAUUGAUAGCGCUGUGAAAAUGGACGGACAUGUCAAGUCCUUGAUUCGGCGGUAUAGGCUCUGUUUAACAGAGCCCAUUCAGGUGUGCUAGAGCACACAUCGAUGUACAUGAUAUGGUAGAGGUAGAUUGGGCUUUAAAAAUAGUAUACGAUGUUCCUAAU